AUGUCCUUCGAUGCCAGAUCUAGCAAGAACAAGGUCAAGAUCCCCUUGGCUAAUGGCUGGUGCGAGGUGACCCUUCGCACCCUAACCUCCGUUUCCGGCGGCCCCGCCAGCUUCAAUGUGCGCAUCGAAAAUGGGCCCGCAGACACGAAGAUGGAGUUCCUCGUCACACACAAGUGGAAGCUGAUGGCGGAGCGUGUGAUCGACGAGAGGGACCUGACGGUACCUUUUCACUCCGUCAACUUCUUCUCUCUCUUGCAGGCGGACAUGGGAAACCGCGAUAACACUCUAGCGGAGCCUUUCCGGGUCCUCAACGCCCGGCUGCUGUCUCUACCCGAGCCAUUCCCCGACGCCGCUGGCCGCCAGAUCCGCAGUGAUGUCACCACGUUCCUCAAUGACGCCAUCAAUAAAGCGGGUUUUCUCGAGCACAAGGCAAUGUGGGCAGCCUUGACUGUUGAGGUGGUUACAGAGGUUGCCUACGACGAGGAAAACGACUCUCACAGACUCAUGGUGAGAAAACCCAGAGGGGACGAUGUUGAAGAGGGGGGUGGGGCGUCGGUGGAUGCUGUAGCCCCCGCGCCGACGUUGCCUCCGCCCGCGGCGGUCUGUCCUUUUUGCAAGGGAAUGGUAUAUAUGGGCGCCAACUGCACGACAAUGCCCUGCGGGCAUAGUUACCACAUAGAGUGCAUUAUUAGGUGGUUUGAUCUUUAAUAGAGUUAGAGGUUUUUCUCGGCGUUUGGACACUCUUGCAGCUCAGUGA